AUGAAAUAGCAAAAUCAAACAUUGCAAGAAGAUUUAUAAUAAGACUCGAAAAAUAAUGAUUUUGAAAAGAUGAAUUCAUUACAAGAAGAAUGUGCAUCAUAUGCAAAAAAAAUAGAAGUUGAGAGCAAAAAACAACGAGACUUAGAACAGCUAAUUUAGAAUGCUGAAUAAUAGUUGCAAGAUCACAGAAAAAAAAUGAGUAAUUCAGAUGGAAUAUAGCUGCCAAGUCUAAUAAAGAAAUAAAAAACACUGGAGAGUUAGUUAGAAUAAAUUAAACUAAAACAUAAUGAAUCAUUAGCAGAAAUCAAUCAAUUAAUGGAGUAAAUAAAUACAGCAAGAAGGGAGAGAGUCAUUUACAGCAAUGUGUUUAAGAAACUGGAAAGCGAUAUUCGAGCUAAAGAGGAAGAAUUUAAAAAAUAAUUAUUGAUUAGAAAGUAAAUAGAACACGAAUUAAAUCAGUGUUAGGAAUAAUUUGAUAAGAUGAAAGAAUAAGCUACUUAAGUUGUCGAAUCUAAUAAAUAGGAAUAUACACAGAUACUAAAAACCAAUAGAUUAGAUGAGACAGAGGAAUAAUCUCCAAAAAAUUAAUAAUAGCAAUAAUAAUAAACUAAGUAAGAGAGUAAAUCCUAAUAAAUAAAAGAAUCCUAAUAACCUAAAUAAUAGAUAUAAAUGCAGAAGGAUGUUGAAGAUGUAACGAAUUACGAAUUGAUGUUUGAGAAAUUAAAAAAAGAAACAGGACUAAACUCCAUUGAAGAAAUUAUUCAUACAUUUAGGACAAUUGAAGAAACAAAUAAUGAGUUGUUCAAAAAGGCAAAUGUUUUAAGUGAUUAAAUUGAUUUAGAAGAAAAAUAAAUAGAAGAAUUGUAAAGAUAGAUCUCUUAAUACACUAAAAAUUAAUAGAAGGAAGAUAAUGAAUUUGAAGAUGAAAAAUUUAAAUUUGCUUAACAAUUAGAAAGAAGUGAGAAGUUGGAUAAAGAAAUUCAAUAGGCUGAAAAUGAGAUCAAAGAAUAUGAGAAGGAAUUAUUAGAAAUAGCAAAUAAAUAAUAGAUUAAAUACGACCCAAAUUCAGAGAUCACAUUAAUGUAAUUAGUUGAAUAAAGAGCAUAUGAAUUAGUUGACUUAUGUAGAUACUAUGAUAAUCAUAAUUAUACUAUUGAUUCAAAAAAAAAUGAUUAGGAAAGUACAGUUUCAAAUUAGGAUGAUUAAACUAUGAAAGAUUUAUUGGACGGAGUUGAGAAUGAGAAGGAGGCUGAGAAGAUUAUGAGUAAGGAUGAUUUUAAGAAAAUUGGGUCAUAAGAAUUAUAAUAGUUUUAGAAGAAGAAUAUAAGUAAGAAAAAGAGAGAAUGA